AUGAGUAAGAAUGUCACAACAAAUCCCCAGUUUAUUCUCCUAGGACUAACCCAUCGCCUGGAACUUCAGGUCUUAUUCUUUGUCCUCUUUCUAAUCAUCUACAUCAUUACUGUGGUGGGGAACUUGGGGAUGAUGGUGCUAGUGAGAAUCACUCCGCGGCUUCACACACCCAUGUACUUUUUCCUGAGUCACUUGUCUUUUGUGGACCUCUGUUUCUCUUCCAAUGUAAGUCCAAAAAUGCUGGAGACUUUCAUAGUGGAAAAGACCACCAUCACUUACUCAGCCUGCUUGGUGCAGUGUUACCUUUUCAUUGCUUUGGUCCAUGUGGAAAUCUACAUCCUGGCUGUGAUGGCUUUUGAUCGCUACAUGGCCAUCUGCAAUCCUCUGCUCUAUGGCAGUAAAAUGUCCCCAACUGUCUGCUCCUCUCUCAUCUCAGUGCCUUAUGUCUAUGGCUCCCUCACAGGCCUCAUGGAGACCAUGUGGACCUAUAGCUUAUCAUUCUGUGGCCCCAAUGAGAUUAACCAUUUCUACUGUGCUGACCCUCCUCUCAUCAAAUUAGCUUGUUCUAGUACUUACAACAAAGAAACAUCAAUGUUUGUUGUUGCUGGGUUUAACCUCACCUUUUCCCUGCUCAUCAUUCUCAUCUCCUAUCUGUACAUUUUCCCAGCAAUCUUCAGGCUUCGCUCAGCAGACAGCAGACGUAAGGCCUUCUCUACCUGUGGAUCUCACUUGACAGCUGUCACUAUAUUUUAUGCAACUCUCUUUUUCAUGUACCUAACACCACCCUCUGAGACGUCUGUGGAACGAGGGAAAAUGGUAGCUGUGUUUUAUACCACAGUGAUCCCCAUGUUGAACCCUAUGAUUUACAGCUUAAGGAACAAAGAUGUCAAAGAAGCCUUAAGCAAAGAACUCUUCAAAAAAGAACUUUCUAAAUAA